GACACCUGUCAGCUGGCGGAGAAAAUUACAACCUGACAUAUCUGAAAUAUACACCUGUACAAGGACAGUCGUAUCGGGAAAGUGAAAUGUACUGUUACCUCAGCUGGGAAAACUGACUGGGAAAGUCAACGAAAGGAACCGGGCUUGGCGCGGACCUGAGAGAAAACGUUGGGCGAUGCACGAUGGCGGAAGAUGUGGAAGAGACGCUGUACCAGGUGACAUGUCGUCGACCUACUUGGCCCUUUGAAGACUGGCGGUAUGAGGUGUUCACAAAGUGUAUGGCCACAGUACCGUCCACAGGUAAAGGUUCCCCGGUGUGGUACACAGAAGACGAGUGUCAAACCAUCGCAGAGAUCCUCAAGGUCGACAGCGUGAACGAAGACUAUCCUUUCAGGAAGGAGAGGUUAUCCGCCGUGCUCCAAAAAGCUCUGAAACUAUCAACCAAAAACACAGAGAAGUCUACCAAAUCCCGACUGAGUGAUUCAGCCAGGGACAUAUACUCUCUAGACAAAGUGGCUCUAGGUAAAAAAUUCUUUCACGUGUUAGUGAACAUGACUUUACCGGAAUUUUCAGACGAAACCUUAGCGCUGAGGGUGGACAUUUUGGAAAUUCUGCGGGGAACGGGAGAAUAUCUUCAAGAAAACUGUGAUUUGUUUAACAAAUGUAAAAUAGUCCCUACGGGUGGAAUGGCGGAUGGAUCAAAAGUUUACCUCACCGAAGACGUAGAUUUCCUAAUAACUCUGCCAGCGUUGGUAGAGACGAUUGAGCACGUAGAGAUCUGUGAUGAAUCCGAUCUUAUUCCGGUGCUUCAUUUGACCUUGAACGAGGAGAAACGAGAGGUCAAUCUUCUGAAAAGGUUGCAUACUGACUUUGAAGCGGCUUUAGAUAAAAGCCUGAAGGCAGGUUGGAAGUUGGAUUCGGUCAGCUCAUCAUUGGAGGGUAGGACGUGUCAGAUUAUCCUUAUGGUGGGUCAAGAGGAUUCCGCCGACAUCAAAGUGACGUUUAACGUUUGUUUUGUUCUUCCUAUAAAUCGUCAAAAUCUUUCGACGUCAUGGGAUGAGAGUCACCCGGACAAAAUUACCAAAGUGCCUCUCCAAAAUUACACGCUCAGCUACCUAAGAGACAGAGAUUCGCAGAUUUUUGCCAUUCUGUUUCAGGAUGAAUUAAAAAGCUGCUCGGUAUCUCUAGAUGCUGACAUGACAUCAGUGCUUAACAACGACUUCAAAGGGACAGGCGUUGCCCAUACAUUCCAGUUGGCAAAGCGAACAAUAGCCAUCUUCUUCCCGCAUGUAUUCCAAGACAAAACGUGGAAGACGAUGGUGCCAUCUCACGUGAUUCUGAACAUAGUCAUGUAUCUGUGCGCAUACCGGAAGAACGCGAAACUCUGGGCGCCAUCACGGUUGCACGAGAGACUUGUGGAAGUGCUGUUGUUGUUGGAAAGGUGUGCUGAGGACGAAGCUGUGAAUCUAUUUCUGUUGCCGGGAAUGGCGGCGCUUCCUCUCUACACGUCUAAUGCUUACUAUUAUGAUCCGGAAAAGUCCAGUUUUUUAAGUCAAGACGAGGUGUAUACAAAUGAAACAUUCCACUGCCGGAUUCUCGAUAAAGGCGUUCUUUCGGCGUUCUCGAAGCACGCCGACAUAACCACAUAUCUUGUUCCGUAUUUCAGUAAAAUGCGCAACAAUGAGUGGACAUUUCCGGAUCAAAUCGGCGAUCUAGUCAUCAUGCUGGAGGAAAUCUUCCAGUGUCCAGUUCCCCGUAUGUGGCGCGAUGGACGGAUGAGCUCAAUCGAGACUGACAGUAGCCUGUUACCUCCACCCAAAGAGAAACGCCGAGUCUCCGUGAGACAAGCUCAACAAAAGGCGAACGCUGCCAAAUCUGCAAAACCCAACCCCUUUGUGAAAAGUACAAAUCCUAUACCAAAGAGACCACAAUCUGUUCACUCAUCUGUGUCCUCCAAAAGUUCUCGGUCGAAGCUCAAAAUUCCGACAAAAAACACAAUUCCACCGAAUACAACGAAUAAACCUUCACCGAAGCCUUCACCAAGUCAACCCAAAGGAGAAACGCCACCACCAACAACAACAACGGAACAAGGGAAUAGUACCAUUGCUAAUUCCAAUACUAGGCCUACCGCCAAUGGGAAAACACGGAGUGGCACCAAGCGAUUACCGCGAGGGAAAGACUGUUGUCCUUUACAGUAA